UCGUUCAUGUAAAUCGCAUUUAGACUUCUUUACGGUAGUUAAGUAAUCGUUUAUUUUUUAACACUAUUUAAAUUGUGAUGCAAUAGAAAAUCAAAGUGAAAGCGAAAUAAUUCAGUCAGUGCGGAUUAUGUUUGAAUACUAAUAACAUUUUAACAAAUUUGGUAUGUUAAGUCGAAAAUAUUGAAAACAACAACGGAAUAAUACAUUUAUAGAACAAUAAAUUAAAAAGUACUAUAAUGUACUGGCUUUAAUAUUUUGUGGUUAUGGAACUGUUUUUCCCUACCACUUUAGAGGAGCAUUGGUGAACUUCGAUCUAUAAAACACACACACUGCAUAGCCGGCAUUGGAUUUUUAAAUUGAUUAAAAUAAAUCAUUUGUACUUCAAUUAAAUGUACGAUUUCAACGACAAGUAAAUAUCAAAUUUCAGUCUCAACUGGUAUGCAUGAAGAGCACAACAAAAAUAAGCACUUUAAGGUUAACUACAAUAAAUAAAACAAAAAAAUACAAAUGUCUGGCUUACUACCAAAAAGAUGGGCAGAUUUUCACAUAUUGCCACUUCGCAUGUCCACAUCACAAAAAGUUGUAAUAUUUUCGAUAACUGCGGGCGUCGCACUGCUCGGAGUAUUGGCAAGAUUUUUACGAAGGCGGAAACCACCACGGCCACUUCGUCGUGCACGUCGAUACACUGGUCGACGCACUCGAAAUAGCAUGAGAAGUCCCAAUGAUAUGAUAUCAGUUGCUGGUUCUAAAGCCUCUGCACGUUCUGGUAGUCCAGUAGGGUCAACUGUUGCAUAUUCAGAUCGGCUAUCUUUAGCGUCUGGCUCGAUUGGUCCAGGUGCACUUGCAACUAUCGCACAUGGACAAUUACAAACAACAGUUUCACAAUUAACCGCUCAACAAUUGGGUGUUAUGGGCAUGGAAGCACUUGAUACAGUUAUUAAUUAUUGGGAGGAUGCUUUAGCUGCACAUUAUUCUCCAGGUGGGGUACAAGCUUUACUUACUACGUCUGAGGAAUCGGAGUUUUGUCGAGAAAUACAAAAUUUGCUUGAUAUGGCCUACACACUACAAGACCAAAGUGAAUUACUCUUCUUAGAUCAGAGAUCUGUUUUGUUUCGUGAUGAACAUUCUAUAGAUGAAGCUGGUGAAGACGGUAUUUCAGCUUUGGAACUUAUUGCAGAGGAAGACAAAUUGUCACACAGAUCAACAUUUAGUCGCACAGGUUCCGAUCCAAAUUUCGAUUCAGCUGAAAGUUUUGCUUCAGCUUUAGAUCAGGUAGCUGAUCUGCGUGAAUUCGAUGAAUUCGUUGAAGCUACAUAUGAACAAUAUCCGCUUUAUCAAGCAGCACUUAAACACCAUGAAGAAUCCCCCAUUCCAUGUCGUACAAUACGUACGGAACUAGUUAACUGUGGCAGUGACACAGAAUACUUAGUAAAAUUGCAUUGUGUGCGAUUAGGAUUUCAAUAUUUAUUUAAAGACCCUACUGUUGGACAAUGGAUAUGCGAUACUGGACGACAAAUUCUCACAGAUCUUCUUUGUUUGGGUGACAAAGAUAGUAAAGAAUUUCUUGUGGGUUAUGAAGAUUUAAUUAAUUAUUUACAAGUUCCUGCAAAUUGGGACUAUAUACAAAAAGAACUAGAAGCUCGUAAUGUGAAAGCGAUGACAUUUUAUGAUAUUUGUUUAGAUUUUAUAAUACUUGACUCAUUUCGAGACUUAGAUGCGCCGCCAGCUAGUGUUACAGCAGUAGUACAAAACAGAUUUUUAUCUAAUGGGUUCAAAGAAACAGCAUUAACUACUGCUGUUUGGUCCGUCUUGAAAGCCAAAAAACGUCUACUUAAAUUUCCAAAUGGAUUCAUGUCACACUUCUAUGUUAUUUCAGAGCAAAUAUCACCGCUUAUGGCUUGGGGUUUUUUUGGUCCAGAUGAAAAUUUACGUGAUGUCUGCCAUUAUUUUCGCGAUGAACUAUUAGGAUUUUUAUCUGAUAUAUUUAGUUUUCAAAAAACCAGAUAUACUUCAGUUGAGGAAUUUGCUGAAGAUAUACUUGACCAUAUGAAGAGCCGUGUAAAUAACAUUGGGGUAAAGUUUAGUCAAUAAACACUAAUAUAUAAACUAUAAAUACAAUAUGGAAAAAAACUCAAAACAAUGUUUAUAGGAUAUAUUACUUAUUACGUUAUAAAAAAAAUAAACUGAACAUUUUAAAUGAUAUUAGGAGUUUAUAGAAUAUGACAAUUUAUGCAAAUGUAAAUACAUUUAUUGAUAUUUU